UUACGAUAAGUGUUGGAAUAUUGUUAUUGUCUGGUUAAUUUACGUUGUCAUUAUUAUGACUGUUUCGGUAGUAUCAGUAGUAUGUAAAUCAGUCGCCCCUCAUGGUUACAGCCUCCAGGAAGUUUAUUUGAUCACUGCGGAGCGCGCUGCGAAAUAAAGAUAAAAGUGCGAUAUGUCAUGCCACCGACAACAAAAAUUGACCACUAACAGAUAUCAGUGAAAUUGCAUUACAGUCUUUAGCUAGUUCGGAUUUGUGAUUUGAUGUAUACCGACAUGCCGAAGGUAGAUUUGAAAAUCGUUUUACUCGGGAGUUCAAACGUCGGUAAAACGAGUCUGCUUGAACGAUUUAUAGACGAUAGAUUCAAUGAAAAUUUACCGAACCAAAGCACAAUAGGCGCAGCAUUUGCUUCAAAAGAAGUCUGCGUUAAUAACGUUAAAUUUACUCUUGGAGUAUGGGAUACCGCUGGCAGUGAAAGGUACCAAUCCAUGACAAAAUUAUAUUAUCGUGGAGCCAAGGCUGCAAUUGUCUGUUACGAUGUGACGAAUUUAGAGUCUUGGGAACGGGCAAAAUACUGGGUUAGAGAACUCAGGAGUGUAGAAGAGACGUGCGUAGUAUACCUUUGCGGUACAAAAAAGGAUAUUCUAGACGAAGGCGCGACAGCAACCCCCGAUCUGGACAUUGUGAAAAGCUACGCAGCUGGAAUUCAAUGCAAAUUCUAUUUAGUAUCUAAUAAAACUGGAGAGAAAACAUCUGAAUUAUUCGAUGAAAUAUCCAAAGACUACAUCUCAGAUCCAGACAAUCUACAUUCAGUUAUGGAGGCGAUUACCUUGACUGCGAAUUCAAAGACAGAUUCUCGCUGCUGUACAAUAGGUUGACAGGAUGAAAUCAAACAUGACAUUAAAGGUUUUAGGAUGAUAUGAUGAUGUAAACAACGUAUGUGUUACUAUAAGUUAAUAUUGAAAGCACUGAUUUUUGCCCAAAUUUAAAUUUGUAAUUUUUUGUUAUGUAUAGAUACGUACAUUGUACGACAAGGAGAUGAAGAAUUAUUUUCGUAAAAUAAGUAUGUAUACCCAGGGUUAUUCGAUAAGUACAAGUAGUCGGUAAUUGACAUUACAUCGAUUUAUGCACUUGAAUAAAAGUUGCUUGUGAUAUUUUCAACUAUACCAAAUCGUAGUGCCAGAGGCAGUGUAAUCGAAUAGAUUUGAAAUGUAUAUCAUUCAACGUCAUUCGAUUGUUUACUUUUUUAUGUAUAGGUUUCGUACCUAAGAGUGACUGCUUUGUAAGGAUUCUAGUAACGACGUAUCCUAGAUUCGGUAAAA